GUGCGGCCCUAAGAGAAAAGGGAGACGCCAAUCGCAGCGUUUACGACGAGAGAACCUAGGAUUAAGAUUAGCGUUUCGCGUCAUUACCGAAUCGAUUAAACCAAAUCAAGCCAAAAAAACACCAUUAAUCCUCGGUUGAACCAAAUCAAUCUUAUGAACCGAACUUUUCGGUUCAUCCUUUAGUCCGGUUCUGAAAACAUGGCCAAACUAAUCAUCAAUACGCACCGUUUUACAGGCCUUCCCUAUAAUCAGAAUCUUAAGAUUAUUACACACAGAGGCAGAGAACACGAAGAAGAAGAAGCAGCAGAAGAUGGGUUGUGCUACACCAGCGCUUCCUCCUUCACUCUUUACUAAUGGGUCCCUAUCCUCUCCUCAGAAUAUCUCUAUGACUGCAUUGAACAGUUUGGUUAAGGUUAGUGACCCUGGUAGUUAUAAAUGGCGCCUUGUGAUUGCCUACGAUGGCACCAAAUUUGCAGGUUGGCAAUAUCAGGUGUCACCACCAACGAUCCAAUACAUGUUGGAGAAAGCCUUAAUUCAGAUAACAAAGCUCGGGAGAAAAGAGCUGCUUCUAGUUGGAGCUGGUCGGACUGAUGCAGGAGUUCACGCUUGGGGUCAGGUAGCUCAUUUUGUAACUCCUUUCAAUUAUACUAGCUUGGAAAGCAUUCACGCCGCUUUAAACGGUCUUCUUCCUCAAGAUAUCCGUGUCAGAGAGAUUAGUGCGGCGGUUCCAGAGUUUCACGCUCGGUUUUCUUGCCGUAGCAAGGUUUACCGCUACCAGAUUUACAGUGACACUUUCAUGGACCCGUUCCAGCGUCAUUGGGCUUACCAUUGUGCUUAUAAACUGAAUGCUUGUAAAAUGCGGGAAGCUGCUCAGCAUUUUGUUGGAAAGCAUGAUUUCUCUGCAUUUGCUAACGCUACAAGGGAAGAUGGUGUACCUGAUCCGUUGAAAACUAUAUCUCGCUUCGAUAUCAUACAAAUGGGAUCUCUUGUGCAGCUUGAAGUUGAAGGUUCAGGCUUUAUGUACAGACAAGUCAGAAACAUGGUGGCCUUGCUGAUUCAGGUUGGAAAAGAAGCAUUGGAUUCAGACAUUGUCCCAAUGAUUCUGGAAACCAAAGACAGGAGGGAGCUUGCAAAGUAUACAUUGCCUGCGCCGCCUCAUGGUCUUUCUCUUGUGUCUGUCAAGUAUAAGGAAGAUCAUCUACAACUUCCACCUGAUUGUCCUGUAACUAGUUUUGGUAGACAUCAUACUUUAACAAAAUGUAAACUUCCCUUCUAUUGAAACACUCUUCUGUUUAAGAUAGAAAUUGAAAGAAGAAGAAAAAAAAAAAGCAUCGUCUAUUUACU